AUGCAUACUGGAUGCACAUUGUGGCUCGUGCGGUGUGGAUGCCAUAAGGACAGAGCUGGGCAUGGGCAUGGGCAUGGGCAUGGGGAUGGGCAUGGGCAUGGGCAUGGGGAUGGGGAUGGGGAUGGGGAUGGGGAUGGGGAUGGGGAUGGGGAUGGGGAUGGGGAUGGGCAUGGGCAUGGGGAUGGGGAUGGGGAUGGGGAUGGGGAUGGGGAUGGGGAUGGGGAUGGGGAUGGGGAUGGGCAUGGGCAUGGGGAUGGGGAUGGGGAUGGGGAUGGGGAUGGGGAUGGGGAUGGGGAUGGGGAUGGGCAUGGGCAUGGGCAUGGGGAUGGGGAUGGGGAUGGGCAUGGGCAUGGGGAUGGGGAUGGGGAUGGGGAUGGGGAUGGGGAUGGGGAUGGGGAUGGGGAUGGGGAUGGGGAUGGGGAUGGGGAUGGGGAUGGGGAUGGGGAUGGGGAUGGGGAUGGGGAUGGGGAUGAGGAUGGGGAUGAGGAUGGGGCGGUGAACUAA